GCACUGCCAUGUGCUGCAUGCCCCUUCCCCACGCCCGACCCAGAACCAGAGGGCAAUAAGGGCAGUUGCUCAGGACAUGGGGCGGAUGAGCCUCAAGCCUCAAUCCCACACAUGACCUACUACUAACACUAACCCAUCCAUAACCAACUAGCCGCGAACACAAGCAGUCCCUCCCGCUCCCACUCACCCAGGUUGUCGAUUCCUGUGGCUGUCUAUUCCUGCUGUGGCUAGACAUCGCACGGGCAGUGCAGGCGCAAGUGACAGGCGGGGCGUAUGGGAGAGGGCCGCCCAUCGGCCCAAGGCUGUUCGCUUCGGGGCUUCAAGCAAUACUUCCCACUUUGAAGUAGCUGUCAGUUAAUACAUAGCCAUGACCGUUGACGAGCGGUUCAACGGCAACGCGGCCGGCCGAGAGGGCCGGGGAAGUACCGGCGGCGAUGCGGCGGCUGCCACAGCCGGCAGCGCAGCACAGGGCGCUGCUGCGGCAGCAUCUAGCGGCGGUGGCGACAGCGGUGGCGGCGGCGGACAGGCGGCGGAGGGAACCGCGCGCAGCGCGGCGGCGUCCACUGGCAGCGCGGGCCAGACAUCGGUCUCGUAAGAAGCUAGCACUGCCAUGCGCUGCCCUUCCCGCAUGCCCGUCCUCGAAACUCACCAACAUGACGGCAGCUGGUAAGCGUGGUGAAAACGCCAGCGCCGCCGAGGCAACAGGCUGAGCGAUCGGCGACAAGUCGAAAAGGGCGAGCGUUGCGCAGUCACUGGGAAAAGGCGCGCCACCUGCUGAGGACGAUAGUGUGUAUCGCAUCUGCUGACUGGGAGCCGCGGGAAAGAGAAAGAAA